GUCGAUAUUGAAAACAAGUCUAGCAUCCGAAGAAAUAUGAUCUUGCUUCCGAGAACUAGGUAGUAGAGAGCCUGCUACAUUGGGAAAUUGUCUUCACAUCAUGUACCUUCAGCUGCCACUAUGAGGUUCCCAAAACUAGCUUUCAUCUUCAUGUUUGUGGGCUGUCUGGUGGUCUACCUCACCUACGUCAAACGCCAUUAUGAUGACUCCAAACUGUCCGUACCCGAGCAGCUGCCCCAGUAUAGGACAGACACCCGUAAACAUCCAACCUCAGGUCAGGUGGUCAGUGAAAGUUUCCAGUAUGGCAUUAUGUUUGACGCUGGAAGCACUGGAACCAGGAUUCACAUCUUCAAAUUUCAGAUGGAGCCAAAUGAAGCUCCUAAAUUAGCCCAUGAGACAUUCAGAGCUAUAAAACCUGGACUGUCUGCAUAUGCUGACGAACCAGAAAAGAGUAAAGAGGGGAUUUUGGAGCUGUUAAAUGUUGCAAAAGACACAGUUCCUGAAGUAUUAUGGAGUUCGACCCCUCUCAUGCUCAGAGCCACAGCAGGGCUCAGAUUGCUGCCUGGUGAGAAGGCCACCAUCCUGCUGGACAAGGUGAGGGAGGUGUUUAGCGAAUCUUUGUUCCUCUAUAAACCAGACAGCGUGUCAAUCAUGGAUGGCACAGAUGAAGGAAUGUCAGCUUGGAUUACCAUCAACUUUUUAAUAGGUGCUCUUCACGGUACAGAGACUCCUACAGUAGGUAUGCUGGAUUUAGGAGGAGGCUCGACCCAGAUCACCUUUGCUCUACAGGAUGAAAUAACCAUUCAGACCUCACCCAUUGAUUAUGUGACAUCGUUUCAGAUGUUCAACAUCAGUCACGCUCUCUACUCACACAGUUACCUUGGCCUGGGGUUGAUGUCGGCCAGGCUUGCAGUGUUGGGAGGGAUUGAAGGCCAGCCUUUAGCGGGACCCCAAGAGCUGGUCAGUCCAUGUUUAGCCCCAGAUUAUUCAGGCCAGUGGGAACACGCUGAAGUACUUUAUACGGUUAAAGGCCAGAAACCAGGGGAGCCUAUUUAUGAGUCUUGCCUUAGAAAAGUGGAGAAGAUGAUCUACAAGCAGGUGAGAAAAGCAGAGGAAGUGAAAAACAUGGACUUCUAUGCGUUCUCCUACUACUACGACAGGGCUGUGGAUCUGGGCCUCAUUGAUGAACGCACAGGAGGGACUGUCAGAGUCAGUGAUUACAUUGAAGGUGCAAAAAAAGUGUGCAAUAACAUGUCAGCCGGCGGGAUAAAGGAGUCUCCAUUCCUGUGUUUGGAUCUGACCUACAUCUCUGUGCUUCUUCAGGAGCUGGACUUCCCGCCUGACAAAGAGCUGAAGCUGGCAAGACAAAUUAAUAACGCGGAGACCAGCUGGGCCCUCGGUGCCGCUUUCCAUUGCAUAGAGUCGUUCCGUAAACAUGGGACGUGCUAAAAAACUCUUCAACCCAGUGGAACACUGACUGGAAAAAAAAAACGCCAACAUUGAUUGUAUUUGUCAUUUGCCAUUUUGUCAAAAUGUGAGUUUUUCUACAUACCUCUGACUUUCUGAAUGUUUUACUUUUCUUACUAGGACAUUAAGAUCUAUACGUGUGAA